AUUUUAAAUUAUAGGCAAAACCAAAACAGUUCGGCUGUUCAACUAUUUCGUAUUAUUUUUUUUGUUGUCCCAUUUUAAUAAAACUGUGCAAACAAAAUUUUUGGUGCACAGUAAACGUGUAUUUUUUUGGUGUGCUGUGGCAAGAGAAUUCCUCGAUUUGGAUCUACAUUAUGUCGUUCUUGAAGAAUAUGUUAAACGGCAACCUUAAGCGGAGCCCCGUGUCAGAUGACAAGACUAAAGAUAAAGACGUUGACAUGCAACCAACAGAUCUAUUCGAGGGUGGACACAAGUUGACGGCGCUGGAGAACAUUGGAUCUUCCCUGACAACACUGUGGAGUAGUUGCGGAUUAAACGUAAUAUCCAGUAGAGAAAACAUCGAAUCUCAGGCUGAGCAAAAUAGUAAGUCGAACAAUACUUCCAAUGAAAUUGCAAAGGCGAACAAUGAAGACACAACCCUGGCUUCAACUUGUAAGUCGUAACCCGUAGCUACACGUCUAACUGCUCUCUCUAAAGCACGGACCCAUUCAAUUAAUAUUGGAAUCCGGAUCGAAUCGUUCUUGAUUCAAUAACACGAAAUCAUCUUGCGUAUCAAUAACACCAAAUCCACUAAAUGCCACAUUCUCAUCAAAGCAAAUUAAACAAAUAACUGUCACAAAUGACAAAUGAAAACUAAAUUUAAAAAAUCAACAAAAAGGU